CAAUCGCGAAUCCCAAGUGGUCCAUUCAUUUCUGAACUGGUGUAGUGGUUACGACGCGCGCGGAACGUUAGUUAAAUAAAAAAACGUGUGAGUUGUGUACCGUUUAAGUUUUCUUCCAUACACCAGCGCCUCAUCGGAUAAAGAUGACGCUGAAUAUCAACUUAGCCGUCCUGUUAGGGGCAGGUCUGGUCUGCGCGGCUUCUGCCAUAUUCCGUCAUUCGCCAUACUACCAAUCACAUGACCCGUACGCCGAACAUAAUUACACCGGAUAUCUACCUCAAGCGUCGUACCCUCACCCUUACCAAUCGCAGCCGUCGAGUUUUGGUUUUAGGCCUUUGCCCAGCAACGGUUUGGGACCUCGUCCCGGACCUAACAACUUUGGUGAGAUAUCCACACCACCACAAGGUGCCGGAUGCUUGCCGCCGGUAGGUCCUUGCCCCAACAGCAAGUACAGGACCAUCGAUGGAUCGUGCAACAACCUCAGGUACACCAACUGGGGUACGCCAAACUCCAAGUACGCACGUCUGUUGCCGCCUAAGUACUCUGACGGUAUCCAUGCGCCACCGACCACUUUGUCUGGCGAACCUUUGCCCAGUUCCCGUCUGAUCAGCAUCGUCAUGUUCCCGGACGUUCCCAUCCCCGAUCCCGUCUGGACUCUGAUCACCAUGACCUGGGGUCAGAUUGUCACUCACGACAUGUCCAUGUCGAUGGGUACCACUCAAGCUAAACGUCAUUCCAUCAGGUGUUGCGACGACAAUGGCCGUUUGUUGAGCAACAACCCGGACGUCCACUGUUUCCCAAUCACAAUCCCCGACGAUGACCCGGUGUUCUCCAAAUUCAACAGAGAAUGCAUGAACUUUGUUAGGUCGACUACCGAUUUGGAAACCGGAUGCAAUGCCGGAAAUCAGCCCGCCGAACAAUUGGUGGUCGUAUCGCAUUGGAUGGACGCUUCCUUCGUGUACGGAUCCAGCCAAAGAUUAGCCGACAACCUCCGCGAAGGAGUUGGUGGUAGGUUGAGAGUGGAAUUCAGAGACGGAAGACCGUGGCCGCCCGCAGCCGCCAACAAGAGCGCCGUGUGCGAUCAACAAACCGACGAGGAACCUUGCUACCAGUUCGGUGACCGAAGAGCCAACCAGAACCCACAAUUGACCGUGCUGCAGAUUCUUUUCCUGAGGGAACACAACCGUAUUGCCACCGUUUUGUCGCACGUCAAUCCCCACUGGGACGACGAGACUCUGUACCAAGAAGCCAGGAGGAUCUUGAUCGCCCAAUUCCAGCACAUCAACUACCACGAAUGGCUGCCGAUCAUCUUGGGCACGGACAACAUGUUGAAAUACGGUUUGCUGUACAAGAACAACAAAGGUUACACCAACGACUACAAGGAGAACGUCGACCCUAGCGUCAUAAACGCCCACGCUCACGCCGCUUUCCGAUACUUCCAUUCGUCCAUCCAAGGGCAAUUCCACUUGAUCGGCGAAGACCGUAACUUACUCACCGCCAUCAGACUGUCCGACUACUUCAACCGGCCGACCAUCAUCGAGAAGGGAUACAACUUCGACCAUCUGGCCAGAGGUCUGGCCACGCAGAGCCAAGAGGAAGUCGACCCGUUCUUCACUAGCGAAAUCACCGAUUUCUUGUUCCGCAACGGUCGUCCGUUCGGCCGGGAUUUGAGAGCCAUCGACGUGCAGAGAGGCCGUGACCAUGGUUUGGCUUCCUACAACGAUUACAGAGAGUUCUGCGGUUUGCCCAGGGCUCACAAGUUCGAAGACUUCUCCGACUACAUCGACGUUGAACGUAUCGAGAAACUCGCUCUGUUGUACAACCAUCCGGACGACGUUGACCUCAGCGUCGGCGGCUCUUUGGAAGCUCACGUACCCAAUACUUUAGCCGGACCCACUUUCCUGUGCUUGUUGACCGAACAGUUUUACAGGACCAGAGUGUCUGACCGUUACUUCUACGAAUUGGGCGGUCAACCCGGAUCCUUCUCGCCCGAACAACUCAACGAAAUCCGCAAGUCCAGUCUGUCGAGAAUAUUCUGCGACAACAGCGACGAUUUGCACACGAUCCAAGCGCAAGGUUUCCUGAAAAUAUCCGACAAGAAUCCGUUGGUAUCUUGUAAUGACUAUGAUAGAAUUCCAUCUAUCGACCUCAACUUCUGGAAAGAAGAACCUUACGGUCACGCUGCACCACAAUACGGAGGUUACCACGAUAAUUACAAGAAGUAAACGACAUCAAUUUAUUAUUAAAAUAAUCCAUAAUUGUAAAUAAUAUUAUAGUUUAUUGUCUUCUAUAAGGUUUCUUUCAUUUUCCAUAUAUUUUUUCAUUUUUGUUUUUUUUUCUUGAUUCUUAAUGCUAUAUAAAUAUAUCUAUCUAAGAUCAUACUAUUUAAUGCUCAAAAAAAACUUAAUAUUAUGUAUAAUUAUUUUUUUAAAAUUAUUGAUUAUUGAUCGAUACGAGUAUUUAUAAAUAUAUGUAUAAGUAUGUAUUUUUUUUAUACAUAUAUACUUAUCAUUAUAUUUAGUUAGUGUAACACAUGUUUUUUUUAUUUGUAUACCGUUUUUAAAAAUUCACACAUUUUCGUGUGAAUGUUUUUCGAAAGAGCAUCAUUC